AUGUCGCUCGUUGAUAACAUUGCCAAAACUCUUGCAAGGGGAAUUAUUGGCCUUGUCAGCGCCGCCUCGGAGACGGUGGCUGAGGGUCUGGCCAAGCGAAAGCGAGGCGACGAUGGCGAUAUAGGCGAUGCAGAGUCCCUUGCGCUCAUCUUCCAGGGCAAUCGCAGCGACCAGCUGCCUCCUUACGCCUCUCCAGUAUCGUCGCUGCAGAGCCGUGGCCACCCAAGCCCAGACCCAGGCAGCGGCCAAGGCGAGCUCAUCCAACACAUCUGUCUGAACCUUGGCAUCAGCGAAGCCACUUUCCGCUUACACUUCGGAUCGGACACUCCUCCACCCGAGAUACUCGAAGGCCUGCUCCAAUUCCUCAGCCGAGUGCCGCCUUUCCUUCCAGCCUCCAUCACCGAAUACAAUCGUGAGCAACCGCUGUGGUCGCAGCUGAGUGGUGACUCGGCCCGACGAGAGUCGAUCCAGCACUUGCUUCAACAGUGCAACAGCCUGGUCAGCUAUCCAUGGACAUCCAUACCCAACGCAGCUCGGCUUGACUUUGACUUUCUCGAUCGCCUGGAGCCCGCUGAACGAUUCCGGUUCCUCGACGAGGCUAACAUUCUCGAUAGCACCUUCGAGUCUCGCGCAAGAUCCGGCGAGACCAGCCAUCGGCUCUUUGUCGUCCGCUUUCUCAACCAGCCCUUUGGAAUCCCACGGAACACCCUGCUCGGGUUCGAGCGCUUCUAUUUGCAGCGCCUCACCAACAUCAGUCUCACCCUGGUUGGCGGCUUUGCUGCCAACAUCCUGCAGAGCCAUCCCAACGAACUCCGGAACGUGGUGACCCUCCGGAUCAUGCAAACCACCAGCAUCCCAAGCACAGCCAUGAACGACUUGCGACCUCUUCCAACCCUGGAGAGACUGCGGAAUCUCCAUCUACCGCACACCAUCCUCAGUCUUGACGGCAUCGGUACCCGAUUCCCACGCCUCCGCCUCUUGGAUCUGCGCCUCUGUCGCAAUCUUGGGAGUCUCCAUGGGCUGCGGGACCUGGACCAUCUCGAGGUGCUGAUCCUGCCUCCACUGAUCCACACACUCGAAGGGCUCCCUGCAACAAUGCCAAGCAUCCACACCCUUGACUUGUCGAGUUCCACGGGCCUGCGGUCCCUCACACAGCUUCCAUUCAUGAGCCAGAUCAGGCGAGUCGUUCUGAGCAGAUCGCAUGAAACGCCACAGUUCCUACAGCUGCUCAGCAACGCCCUCGGUCCACUGUUUUCGAUUGUGUCCGUUGAAUUCAGAGACUACAACCCAGCACGCUCUGGCCAAUGCACGCCACUCGGCGCUUGGCUCGCUGGGAUGCUCUGGUCCGCGGCUCUUGUUGCUGUCAAUGUCCUGGUCAUCCGCAUAGUGGUCUCCACGGCUGAUGAAAUUCUCUUCAAAACCACAGGGCAUCGAUUUGUUACGGUCUAUCGCCAACUGUGCAGACGGCUGAGUUUUGUCGUGAGUCCCAACGAGCUCUAUGAGAUGGGUCGGGAGUGCGAGCAGCCAUCCGAACGAAGCCAUGUGUCUGCCUUCCAUCUGUACCUCAAAGCUGCUCGACGAGGCCACCGCGAGGCGCAAUUCCAGGUCGGACUGUGCUAUUACUUUGGGCUCGGCAUCGAUCGAAGCGUCUCCAGGGCUGUCCGCUGGUUCUCCGAGGCCGACAGGGGCAACCACGCCUACGCAAAGUACUAUCUCGGCCACAUCUUCAUGAUCGGGGAUGGCGUCAGCAUCAACUACCUCACCGCGCAGAGAUAUCUGGCCGAGGCCAAGAGACAAGGCGUUGUCGAGGCUUGCUAUGACCAUGCCGAAUGCUGCCGGCUCGGCCGGGGCCGCAGUGUCAGCAAGAUCGAGGCCCUGGAUGGAUACCGCAGGGCAGCCGCACAGGGCCAUGUGGCAGCCCAGUUCCGUCUCGGCGAGCACUAUACCAACGACAGCAGUUCCGAGAACCGCAGCCGUGCCGUAUCCUGGCUCGAGCAGGCCGCCGGCAACCAGCAUCCAGAAGCCCAAUACGCCCUUGCCCUGGCCUGCCUCAAAGGAAGCGCUGUCGAGCAAGAUGACGAGCGAGCCUUUCGAUUGCUUGAGGAGUGCGUCGAGCACUGGCCCGCUCCAGAGGUCCACUUCCAACUGGCCGAAUGCCACCUCAACGGCCGUGGUACCAGCAUCGACCACGCAGCGGCCAUCGACCACUACAGGCUUGCCGUCGAGGAGGGCCACAUCACGGCUCAUAUCAGACUCGGCGAGCUUUAUCAUGACGGGGUCGGAAUGCACUGCGAUCACCACUGUGCUUUUGAACUCUUCCAGGUGCCUGCAAACCACGGUAUCGCCGAUGCACAAUUCCGUGUGGGCGAAUGCUACCGCCUUGGACUCGGGGUGGAUCAGAGCGACAGCGAUGCUUUUCAAUGGUAUCGACUGGCAGCCGACCAGAGACACCGCGAAGCCAAGUUUCAGUGCGCCGAGUGUCUCUACCACGGCCGCGGCACCACCCGCAACCUCGGCCGGGCCUGUGGCAUCUACAAAGAUCUGACCGACACAGAGCCCUUUCAUGCCGGCGCGGCGUUCAUGGCUGGUCAAUGUCUGAUGACCGGCCGUGGAGUGCUCCGCAACGAGGAGGAGGGAUUCAGGUACAUCGAGGCAGCAGCCGAGCACGGAGAUGACACUGCUCAAUUCCAAAUGGGCAGCUACAGGUCUGCAGGGGUGUUUGUUGGACGAGACACACACGAGGCCCUUCGCUGGUUCACACAGGCGGCAAGCCAAGGCCACCUCGAAGCGCAGUUCAGGCUUGGAGAGAUGUACUCGAAUGGCAUUGGCACCACGGCCGACCGGGUGAUUGCGGCCCAGUGGAUCCUUCAAUCGGCCAGAGGAGGAUAUGAGCCAGCCAUGGUUGCGUACGCUCGGCUUCUCAUCAACGCUCACGACGCCACCGAAGCCGAUAUCGAGGAGGCAACGGCCUGGCUGGAGAAGGCGGCAAAUGACCAUGGCUCGUCAGAGGCCCGAAGCGAACUACAGGGUCUCUUGGGCCGUCGUAAUUCAGCAUAG